AUGACAGGAAAAGCCACCUCCGAGGCCCCCGCCAGUGGUCCAGAGGAAUCAGCUUCUGAGCCUGCCAAGGUGCCCACCCCAGAGGCCUCCGGAGAAAUGGCAGCACUGGAGCCCCCCAGGGAGGAGCAGGCUCCCCAGCCACAGGAGCCUGUCGCCGAGGCACCUGCCCCAGCUGCCCCCACGGCUGCUAAGCCUGCACCCCCAAGCGAAGAUGUUCCCAGUGCCCCACUGCAGCUGACCAUGGAGGAUGUGAGCGACAGCUCGGUGACUGUGAGCUGGGAACCCCCGGAGAAGCUCGGGAGGCUGGGGCUGCGGGGCUAUGUGCUGGAGGUCUGCCAAGAGGGAGCCUCGGAGUGGGUGCCUGUGAACGACUGGCCCAUGAUGGUGACCCAGCAGACCAUGCGGAACCUCACUCUGGGAGACAAAUUCUUCCUGCGUGUGGCUGCGGUCAGCUCUGCGGGGGUCGGCCCGCCGGCUGUGUUGGACCAGCCUAUCCACAUCCAAGAGAUCAUUGAGGCCCCCAAGAUCCGUGUUCCCCGCCACCUUCGUCAGACCUACAUCCGCCAGGUGGGAGAGGCGGUCAACCUGCAAAUCCCAUUCCAGGGGAAGCCCAGGCCUCAGGCCUCAUGGACCCACAACGGCCAGGCCCUGGACAGCCGGCAGGCCAGUGUGCGCACCGGGGACCAAGACUCCAUCCUCUUCAUCCGUGAGGCCCAGCGCUCCAACUCAGGCCGCUACGAGCUUACCUUGCAGCUGAAAGGCCUGGAGGCCAAGGCGGCCAUUGACAUCCUAGUGAUCGAGCCACCUGGCCCUCCCAGCAGCAUCAGGCUACUGGACGUCUGGGGCUGCAACGCUGCCCUUGAGUGGAUGCCGCCCCGGGACACGGGCAACACAGAGCUUCUGGGCUACACUGUGCAGAAGGCAGACAAAAAGACAGGGCAAUGGUUCACGGUGCUGGAGCGCUACCACCCGACCACCUGUACCAUCUCCAACCUCAUCGUUGGCAACACGUACUCCUUCCGGGUCUUCGCAGAAAACCAGUGUGGACUCAGCGCCUCCGCCGCCGUCACCAAGGAGCUCGCCCACAUCAAGAAGGCAGAUAUCGCUGCCAAAUCUAAAGGGUUUACUGAGCGAGACUUUUCAGAAGCCCCCUCGUUCACCCAGCCCCUGGCUGACCACACCUCCACCCCUGGCUACAGCACUCAGCUGUUCUGCAGCGUCCGAGCAUCACCCAAGCCCAAGAUCAUUUGGAUGAAAAACAAGAUGGACAUCCAGGGGGACCCCAGAUACCGUGCCCUCUCUGAGCAAGGUGUCUGCACCCUGGAGAUCCGCAAGCCCAGCCCUUUCGAUUCUGGCGUCUACACCUGCAAGGCCAUCAACGUGCUGGGGGAGGCAUCUGUGGACUGCCACCUGGAGGUCAAAGGUGAGGGCUGGAGGAGGGUCUCUUCUCAGGGACCCUCCCAUGGACAGGAGAACAGGAGGCACCACGUUUGGAAGGUGGACUAGACAGGGCUGAGCACUGAAAACCAAGGCACAACAGACGGACUAGUACAGAUGGAAGUCAGGCUGUCCGAAGGACUUCCAAGUGCGGGCAUAGCCCAGCGUGGGGAAGAAGGUAGUGAAGUCGGCCAUGGGGACUGAUAAAUGGCCUGGGUGAGGGCAUGUCAUCGUGACCCUGUCUUAUUCCCCUGCCCCCACCCCACGGGGCCCUGAGCCCUAACCUGCAGAUCUCUUACAGCAUCAGCCACGCACUGAAGAGUGACUGGAGGUG